AUAAUUGAUGCAGUUUAAGAAGCAAGCACGUUGACGAACAGAAGCAGGAUAGUAGUAGUAGUACCUCGAGAAAGCGAGCUCCAGCAGGUGGAAUCGACUGCAAUAUUUGACGUGAGCCGAGCAUUAGCGAUCGCGCUGUGAAGCGGCAUCAACGACUCAACGCUUCUCACAACCGCCAAUACCCUUUCGAACACAAAACGCACGAGUUUAACACCAAAACGCAAUGCAAAUCGAUAAGAACCAUUGAAGUGCAUGCGGUGUACCUUGAAGCACGAGGGAUGCGUGUUGAGGAAGACAAAGAGAAGUGAAACGAAGUCGACGAGAUCUGAACGAAGCUUCUAGAGCGAUUAGCAAGAGAGCUCGAGGCCACUCUCACCGCUGAUUUACAAAGCAAAGAAGCCAUUGUGACAGUGCAAGUUAGCUUGAACCCUAAACAGAAAGUAAAACCCCGAAAGGCUGAAACUCAUUAUUGGGUUAUUAUUGGGCCGGCCCAAAUUGGGUAAGCCCAAAUUAAACGGCCUUCUAAACCUACUCUACUCUAUUCUGAAAUUCUAAUCACGGUGUGUUUGUGACUCUUGUGUGGCGGCGCGAGAGUGUGACAAUGGCGGAAGAAGCGGUUUUAGGUUACCUAGAAAACAACGAGGAGAUUGGUGACUCGGGUGAAUUCGCUGCUGAACUUGGCAUUGACCACAACGAGAUCGUGAACGUGAUAAAGAGUUUGCAUGGGUUCAGAUACGUGGAUGCGCAAGACAUUAAGCGAGAGACGUGGGUUUUGACAGAUGAAGGGAAGACGUAUGCUAGUGUAGGAUCCCCUGAAGUUCAACUCUUUUUGGCAAUACCGCAAGAGGGUAUCACGAAAGAUGAACUUCAGAAAAAGCUGGAUCCAUCUGCCUUCAAGAUAGGCUGUGCCCAGGCUGCAAAGAACAAGUGGGUGGACAUGGGAAAACAAUUAAUUUCUAGAAAGGUUCAACAUGUGGAUGACAAGGUCAAAGAACGGCUUCUUCAAAUUCAACAGGGACAGAGCAUUGGUUCAGACGAAAUCAAAGCACUCAAAGCAAGAAAGCUUAUUGUUCCACAGACAUGGAAGGGUUACUCAGUGAAGAAAGGUCCUAAUUAUGCUCCAAAAAGAAAGAAAGUUGUCACUGAUUUAACUCGAGAUAAUUUUCAGAGUGGUGAGUGGAAGGAAUUAGAGUUCAAAGAGUACAAUUAUAGUGCUAAAGGUCAGCCUCUUGAGGGUGGUCAUCUUCAUCCAUUGCUGAAGGUACGGGCUCAGCUGAAACAGAUAUUCCUUUGCAUGGGGUUUGAGGAGAUGCCAACAAAUAAUUUUGUUGAGAGCAGCUUCUGGAAUUUUGAUGCCUUGUUCCAGCCCCAACAACACCCAGCUAGGGAUUCGCAUGAUACAUUCUUUUUGGAAACUCCUUCGACAACAAAGAAAUUGCCAGAAGAUUAUGUUCAGAGGGUGAAGCAAAUUCAUGAAUAUGGUGGUUAUGGGUCUAGAGGAUAUGUAUAUGACUGGAAAAGAGAAGAAGCAAAUAAAAACCUCCUGCGAACCCACACAACUGCUGUUUCCUCCAGGAUGCUUUACCAAUUGGCACAGAAGAAACCAUUUUCUCCAAAAAAAUAUUUCUCUAUAGAUCGUGUUUUCAGAAAUGAAGCUGUUGAUCGAACACAUCUUGCCGAAUUCCACCAGAUAGAAGGCCUUGUAUGUGAUCGAGGACUCACUCUGUGUGACUUAAUAGGAGUCCUACAUGAUUUCUUCUCACGUUUAGGCAUGACCAAGUUGAAGUUCAAACCAGCUUACAAUCCAUACACUGAACCUAGCAUGGAGAUUUUUAGUUAUCAUGAAGGCUUUAAAAAAUGGGUAGAGGUAGGAAACUCUGGCAUGUUCAGACCUGAAAUGUUGCAGCCGAUGGGACUUCCCGAAGAUGUACAAGUUAUUGCAUGGGGCCUUUCCCUUGAAAGGCCAACGAUGAUAUUAUACGGGAUAGAUAACAUCCGGGAUCUCUUUGGACCCAAGGUGGAUCUUGGGCUUAUAAAGAAAAACCCGAUAUGUCGUCUUGGAAUUGACUAAAAUGAUUCAUCCUUGUCUCUUGGAAUUCUUUAUCAUUUAUAGAUUUAUACAUUUUUUUUUAUCUCAAAGAUCAAACACGACCUGUAGAUUAGUUCAAUUUCUGUAUGGGGUGUCGGGGUCGAAUAGAAAGUUACGCCCUUAUUUGAAGGAACAUUGUAAUAGUCUUUUUCUUGUGCUCUGAAAAAAAUUAUUGUUGGGAAAGUCAACCCCAUUCCAAUUUCAUGUGGUUUGGAACAAAAUUAUUUAUGAUGUAGGAAAGUAUCGCAUUGCAAUUACAUAGCGUAUCAUUAGCUU